AUGAGCUCAGAAGAGAUAGGAAACAGAAUCCUAAGACUAAAUUUCAAUCAGCCAAAUGAGCGAAAUAUAAACACUCUUCUUUCAGUCGGCACCACAAAAGGAUUCAGGGUUAUUCGUCUUGAAGAUGCCAAGAUCAAUUUCCGAUGUGAUUCAGAAACAGCGCUGCAUUUUCCUGGAGGAAUUUCCACCCUAAUCCAAAUGUUCGAAAGCCAGCUUUUUUGCAUUUCAGGAAGCUCCAUAAACUCUUGUUAUCCUCCAAAUAUAGUCUAUUUUUGGGAUGCAAAAGACGGAGAAAUCAAAACAGAAGCAAGAUUUCGAUCAGAAGUUAAAAAUAUUUUAUUAUAAAAAUUUACUAUAAAUAACACCUCAUAGAUUUUUCUUGUAUUUUUAUGAUAAAUUCAUAUAUAAAAGAUAUAAGAAAAGAUCAUUGUAUUAUUGUGCUGAAAAAAAUUGUAAAAAAUAUUUAGACUUAUGUGUAUUUAUUGAACUCUUUAAGACCGAUAGCUUCAAUACCUACUUGUGAUAACGAAAAAGGUGUUGCGGCGAGCUCGUAUGAUAAAGACAAAUUUAUACUUGCUACGCUAGAUAUGAAUCCAGGAUAUAUAAAGAUUACGAAUUUUGAGACUAGAGAAACUAAGCAAGCACUUAUCCAUGAAAAUCCAGUCGUCCAUUUAAGCUUAGAUUACUCAGGAACUUAUGGAGCGAGCGCUAGUGAGCAAGGCACUAUUAUAAGAGUCUUCGACUGCAAUACACUUGAAAUAUUGCAUGAGCUGCGAAGGGGAACUAACCCAGCCUUGAUUUCUUCAAUCACUUUUAGUCCUGAAAAUAAAUAUUUAAUAGCAACAAGCAACAGAUUUACGAUUCAUCUAUGAAGACUUGAAAACCCUCAAAGCAGCUCAGUAACUGGGAUGUUUAGUAAAUAUCUUCCCACAUAUUUCCAAUAUGAAAGGAGCACUUCAAAAUUGACUUUAAAUCCUGACAUCACUUGAACUUGUCCUUUAUCAAUCAGUGUUGGGCCAGCUGCUUGUUUUGUGAAUAAUGACGAAUUCUGUGUUGCAAAUUUAGAUGGAAACUUAUAUAAAUGCAAAAUCAAUGAAGCUGAUUUAAGUAUGAAAGUAUAUGAAGUAAAGCCAUUUUUAGAUUUUAACGAAAGCAUAGUCGAAGGCGAUAGAGAAUGAUCAUCUUUUGAGUAG